UCAAUAAGUUCUCUCUCUACUCCCCUGUUAUAGAUUUCCACAGUGCUCUUUGAACCUGAAACAAACCCCCACCCCACGCACCCCAACCCCCGCAUCCCUACUCACUCCACUCUCAGAGUAAAUUUUCGAUGGCGACUGAAGAGGUCAGCAAGCCUCCAGCACUCCCUCCAUACCCACAGAUGAUAAUGGAAGCCCUGGAUUCAUUGAAACAAAAGGAAGGGGCAAAUAAGUCAUCGAUAUCGAAAUACAUAGAAUCCAAGUAUGGAGACUUGCCUGCUGGGCAUGCAAACUUGCUAUCAGCUCAUUUGACUGCAAUGAAGGACAGUGGGGAGCUUUUAUUCAUCAAGAACAACUAUCUUAGGCCGGGACCUGAUGCCCCACCAAAGCGCGGCCGAGGACGUCCAAGGAAGGACCCAAAUUCGUUACCUGAACCAAAGAAGCCAAAGCCAGCUGCAGGUCCCCCGGCUGUUUCAAAGACUGGAAGGCCAAGGGGCAGGCCAAGGAAGGUCCAGCAGCAGCCUGCACCAAAUGGCUUGGAAGGUUAGUUGCUUUGAAUAAGCAACUAAUGUUGGUUUACUUGCGUUAAAUCAACUUAGCUUGUUUUUAAGGUUUACGUUAUUUAGUAGGUGUCUUCCUUUGUAGUUUAACCUUUGUUUGAUGUUUGUUUGUGGUGUAGUUGUAGUAGUUGCAUGUAAUUUGGGGAAGAUCUUAUUUAAUGCUUGUCUUAACAUUAAGAGUUCUGAUGCUGAUCUGGGGUUUGUUUCAAGAAUUUCUGUGUGUUGACAUUAUCUUUAGUGAAUUGAUAUUGAGCUUUAGCUCAACAGUUUGGUUUCUUGGCUAUUAUUUAGUGUCAUUGUCAUUGAGUUCUCAGUU